UUAUUUUCAGAUAUCGACGAUUAGCGAUACGUUACAAUCCUAAAAGAACAAAGGGCGAAUGUUUGAAUGCUAUUUUCGCUUUAGUGGCCGAAGCGUACGAUGUGCUUUCAGAUCCCCUUAAAAGAACUAUGUACGAUCAAUUCGGCGAAGAAGGUCUUAAAAAUGGCGUGCCUGGAGCCGAAGGAUUUAUUCAACCGUACACUUAUCAUGGAGAACCGAUGAGAACUUACAAGUAUUUUGAUCAAACAAUCGCUUCAACGUAUACACAAGUAAAAUUCUAAUCCUAGGGAUAGAAUUUUACUAAUUCUAUUAUUCUACUAAUACUUCUACUCUUCUCUACUCUUCUACUCUUAUUAUACUAAUUCUAUCCCUUUGUACAUUGUAUGUUAUUUGUAUGGCAUUUUAUUUUAUUUGUUCCUUCCUUAUUUGUUUUUACACUUUACACUUCGCCAUUGAUUGCAUUGAUCCUUCGCUUGACCCAACAACUUGAAACCACAUACACAGUCACUUUGAAAACUUUGAAUAUUUACGAUUCGAUCUACCUGCAUGUUUCUCAUCAGCAGCAUCUCUGCAGGGAAUUCUUCGGUACCGAAAGCCCUUAUGCUGAUCUACUCUACGUAUUAACACAGUCUCUGACUCUGCUCGAAUUUCCCGAGGGUCGAGGUAUAAAACGCAAGGAAGAACCUCUGAUAAAAACCUUGUAUCUAACCCUAGUGGAGGUACCAUAUCGACGUUUUAUUUAUUUAUAGUUUUCUUCUGUCAGUGUUAAUCACUGAGUAGACAAUGUGCGACUCGCCCCGUUGUAUCGCCCCUUUAUCACUUGCACACUUUCACAAAAGUGUCCAUUCCAUCCGUCAUUGACAAAAAUUUGCUAAACUAAUACAACUGAAUUAAAUUAUUAACUCAGUGAGACAAGCGAUCUUCCUUCAUCUGUAUACACACUGACGAUCAGCUGUAAAUCCAUCUUGCUUACAUUAAAUAGGUUUUCCUAUCAAGCCAGGCAUCCCGACGGGAACGAGGAUAGUAUUUCCAGAGGAAGGUGAUCAAGGACCAACGAAAAUCCCCGGUAAAAUUGUCAAUGACAAUUGAAGCAAAGUACUUGGCCUUCGUUUGAUACAUUUCUGUCCAAUUUCUGCCUUCUUCGUGAACAGUUCGUUACAGCCUUUUAGCUUGUAUAUCGAUUGGUAUUUCGCGGUGGGUGCAUUUAAAAUGCAUCGUACGUUUCAUAGCGGACAGAAAUGGGUUAAUCGUAGUGGCUCGCAUAAUAUCUUUACUCAGUCCAAAGCACGUCAGCGUAGCGGAUGUAAUCUUCAUCACGGAGGACCGGCCUCACGAGACCUUCCGAAGAGAGGGCUCUGACUUGCACAUGACGGUCGAUAUCUUUCUGCGAGAGGCACUGACCGGAACAGUGGUCACCGUCAACACCCUCGACGACAGAACCCUUCGAAUACCACUAACGUCUGUCAUCACGUAGGCCAGACCACAGGAAACGCAUAGCUGGCGAAGGACUGCCAUUGCCGGAGAACCCAAAAGAAAGAGGAAGUUUAAUCAUGUCGUUUAACAUCGAAUAUCCGGUGUAUCUGCCAGUGUCGAAUAAAGCUUACGUUAAACGAGCGUUCAACACGUCGGAGGACAUCAGGGACACCGAAUACGUGCAUCGUCUUAUACUGGCCAAUAAAAUGCGUAGGAACGUGGAUUUUGAUGUUCCCGUGCGUCGACAGCCCGACGAUUGCGAAACGAACGAAUUAAACACUGUCCGUAACAUUUGACUUUCCAUUGAUCUUUUAUUACUUUAUUCGUGUAAUUCCACCACUCGAAUCAAUGCUUGAAAACUCGUCGAAAUUGCAAAUGAAAAAUGUAUGUACAAUUCAUUAUACGUUAUUACAAACAAAUUUACUAUACCUAUUAUUCGAAUAUAUUAGCGCUCGAUGGCCUCUUAUAUAAAAAUUAAAUACAAUUAAGCAAAGCUCUCUCUUUGCUUUGAAGUUCUCCGAUCUGCCCGUUACUUUACAAAAUGGAUCUCGCCGUUGUCACACACAGAUCGCAAUUUCUGAAAAUCGUCCAAGUUACAUUGAAAUGGUUCCAAACGGUUUCUGCUACUUGCCGAGGCGAUUCAGGCACAGAUUUCAAACGCGGUUGGCUGUAACGGCCAAUUGCCUUGGCGAUCGCCUUGGUACCGCGCUCUUGCGGUGCACCACGCAACCUCCAUCGCAGCGAAACGCGUAUGUACCGUGCGCAGUCAAUAAUCGAUCCCUGUCCUGCGGAUUCUUCUGUUCUUAUCUAUUUCCGCGGAACUUCUCAAAGCCGCCGGAUUCCGCCGAACCGGUUCCACGGACCGCGCGGACUCGUUCGAUCGCGGCGGCGAGGAAGCGGGGACAACAACUGGCGGAUGUCGUGAAUGUCGAACGAAACACGAUAAUCUCGGGCAAUCAUAUGACUCCUCCGCACGUGACUUUAUUUACAGUUGACUGAUACUCGCGAACAUGUAUGGUGUAGUUCCCUGUGACAUGAUAGACCGAAAACGAGACAAAGUUGGCGAGCAAUGCGGUAGCUAUAAACGGCCGGCUCGUUUAUAAUGCCUUUGCUUGAUAAGUUGUUCCCCUCGAGGAAGAGUUUCAGAAACAACGUGCAAACCCUCGUGGCGUCGAAUGUCGGAACGGAAGGAGACGAUAGAAACUCCGCGUUAUGCAUUGGAACAGGUCACGUGCGGAUUUUGUUAUUCCGCGAGUGCGAAUGGCGCGGAAGGAAACUCCUCUUUGAUUCCCUCCCGUUGGAGAGAAGAUGGUGUAAAAAUAAAACGACCGCGUUCAAUAUUAAAAACAAUGCCGAUUCAUCGAACGUCGGGUCGAUUAGUCUCGGGAGCAAUCCCAUGUUCGAGUGUCCCGACCGAGUUCUGGAAAUCUAUCGGGAACUGAAUUGAACACUGGUGUCAGGAAAAGCUCGACUUGCUCCAGCACCGGUAGUGGGUGGAAUAUAGACAUACCACCACCGACAGGGAGUUCGCAAUCGUUGGAGAGUAAUGGUUCCUCUGGUAUCGGUAGUCUUUCAAGCUUGCGUCGAAGAUGGUUGCGUGGAGCCUCCACCUCUUUAGCGCGAUCAGAUUCUGAUGAUACGUUUGGAGUGCAAUGCUGGCCCGAGAGUGGAAGCGAUAAUAAAGAGGGUCAUAAUAAACGUCAUAAAACGAGACUCGGAUUAACGAUGUUGGUCCAAUUAGCCGAAGGCCAUGAGAGAAGAAUAGAAAUUCGUUUGUUGGAGCACAUGGCUCUGUUGGAAGGAAUGCUAGAUCGCUUGCGAUAUUUCUGUAUUGACUCGAGUAAUGUUAAUGCUCAAAAUAAAGGAAUGCAGCUUCCUGAACGUCUUUAUAGAUCUUCCUCGCAGUUCAUUGUUUCGUUACUACGUUUACUUACAAACAUUAAUGCUGAUUUAAACUCACGCACACCUUUAUUAUGGCAUGACAUACUACUCAAUUCAGUGAAGAUAGAGCAUAAAAUGAAUACGCUGCAUCGUAGUUUGGAACAGAUGUGUCAGCUGUUGGAUAAUAUCGACACAAAGUCGACUAAUUUAUGGAGAACUUAGGCACCUGGUAUCCUUGUAAUCCAUUAUGGGCUCAAUUAGGCGACUUGUAUGGUGCAUUAAGUAAUCCCAUCAGAGUUGCACACACGGUUGUCGCGGGUGAUCCUCAAAAAAUCGAUUUAGUUAAUUCUGUUCUCUUCUUCUUGUCAUACUUUAUUCGUAGCGGAGUAGUACAGAAACGAUACGAAUAUUGCAAUGUUACUGAGGAAGACAUUCAAGAAGCUGCAAGUCUUCUGGAACAAGCGAGAAUAAAACGUCCGCAUUUAUUUACUAUGAAAGCGACAAGCAACGAUCGAGAAUCUGUAACUUGUCGACGUGCAUCACGCACGUCUGUUCGGAAAAAAGUUUCCGCACAGGAGUUCUCGUACGACGCGGAAGACGAUAACGCCAUUAUGCAACGCUCCUAUCCUCAAUACAACGGAGAAGAAUUAAGAACGGAAGGAUCUAUUAGCUCUCUUAAACGUAGCAUCACAAUGGAAUCGAAUCUUGAUUCGUUGAUGCUGAAAUCGGUUGAACGUGAAACAAAAUUCAUUUUGAAGGAGUAUCCUCACGACGAUGACGGUAAUGAAAAAAACACCGUCGACGAGAAAACCUGUACAUCGAGCAAAGUUAAAAUAGUAGUAAGCGAAAUUGCAUCACAAGAUGUUGACUCGGGCAAGACUGACAUGCAACACCAUCCUGAAUUUUCGCUGCGUAAUUUUGAAAAGAAGAUGGAAGACGAUGAUUUGGACGAGGCGUACACGAAUUCUAAGAUAGAUGCUUUUCAGGACUUUGAUGAUACAUGCCUUGAUACAUUGAAAUUACAUUCAGCCAGGCCAGAAUUUCAAACUAGGCAAAGUACGGAUAAUGAGAUGAAGAAUUCCCAUGUUUCUUUCACGCUCGGUGAUGAAGAAAAAUCUGUAAAAAACUUGUCACAAUUACGACUUGGAUACGAUUGUCAGUGUUCGUACAUGUUCACGAGAGUACCGAGCACGUCUGCACAAUUGCCAGAAGGUGUAUUAAGAAAAAUUAUUCAAAGAAACUUCCCUGAGUCAUCCAAAAGCAUUCACCCACCAGGAGCAACUUCACGAUCUCUGAGAUUUUGUCAAAAAUGUAACGGGCAAGGUUACGUACCUUCACAAAAUUACGAUAGCUGCAAACAAGUUUUGGAAACUCCGACUAACGCAACAGAAGUGUUGCGCACCUGUGGUAAUACCGUGGGCGAUGGAAAUGUUGGAUUAUCAAGAUCGAGCAGUCUAGAAGCAUUGAUGGAAGCUAACAGUGUUAUCGAAUUACCAAUGCCACGGUCAGUGUCGUGGACUACAACAAACAUUUAUAGCAAGACAAAAAAAAUGAAAAAGACUGACUCAUAUCAGGAGACAGGUUUUACAAGAACUCUUUUGCAAAACAGAGUAAAAUCCACAGAAUCACUGGGAUUGAAUAAUUCUGAACCAUCUUAUACGUGGGGUCUAGUUUUACAAGGUUUACUGAAAAAGAAAAAAAGGAGAAAAAAGAAGAUUGUCCAACAAGAAGAAAAUAGAGACAACUGCGAAUUAGAUAAAGAAUGGUGGUAUUUCAUACGUGAAGAAUGUCUUGCCAGUGCACGUUUUCCGACUAUUGAUCAACCAAUUGCCGAAUCACUUUGUAUCUUAGCGGAUUUAGAUACUUGGCAUGUUGGAAUCAUCUCUAAUAAUAUGCCUUCACAUACUGCACCAUUACUAGUUGGAAUGUCAAGACUCGUUGCCAAUAUGUUGGAAGGCUUUGCUUAUUUAUGGCGAAAAUAUCAUUCAGCUUCACAAUGUAUAGGUAUAUUGGAAGCAAAACUAAAAGAAAUGUGGUUAAAAAGUGAGGCACUGGCUGAAAUGUUAUUAGCAACAGAAGUAUGCGAUGCCAGCGUUGCAAAUUUGACAAACGCUCUCGAUCUUGAUGCAGCGGAUAUACCACUUUUACUCGCGGUUGCAACCUCCCACUCGCCUGAGAUAGUCCAAAAGUUUGGUCUUACACUUACUUGAUUGUAUCUCAUUUUUAUUAUAAAUUUUACUUUAGGACAUAAAAUCCUUUCCUUGACCGAUAUAGCGGAAAUGUCUCAUUUACAAAACAUGGUUGUAGAUUGUUAUUGUUGUUAUUGGGUAAUAUUCCCAUUAAACUAUCGUCCGUUCUCUAAACAACAAAAAAGACACAUGAAUGUUCAAACAACUUCUUUUAAUCGACGUUUAAUUACGUUUAAUUGUUAAUGUUUGUAUAUGUUAUAAAAUGUUAAUUUAUUGUGCAAUAUAUUACAUCUAAUUUGCAUUUAAAUAUUAAUACUUAAAUAUAUAUUUUAUAAUAAAAAGAUUUUAGAAUGUUUAA